GUGCGGAAGCCGACAUCAAGGAUUGCGAAUCGAUGCUCAAACUGCUCGGCAUACAUCCACACCUGGGUCCUUUUCCUCACAAAUGGAGCCCGAGAUCAUGUUCACGUGCUGCGUUUGCUGUGUCAGUCUUGCAGACGGCUCACUCGGCCGUGGGUUGGAUGCCAGCCAGGAUGGAGGAGCAGGUCCACCAAGUCUGCCCUCGAUGUGAACUCCAACCAAGCGGCCGGGGUGUUGAAUUUCCCUCCCUUGCAGUCAUAUUCAGAGGAGGAGAGCAUGAUGAGGGAAUCGGUGAAAAGGUACGCACAAGAACGUAUCGCUCCCCUUGUGGCGAAGAUGGAUGAGCACUCAUUGAUGGAUGAAGCAGUGAUCAAAUCUCUCUUUGAACAGGGGCUUAUGGGCAUUGAGAUUGACGCGGAAUACGGCGGUACCGGCUCGACGUUCUUCUCCUCCAUCCUGGUCAUCGAGGAGCUGGCGAAGGUGGACCCCUCCGUGGCCGUGCUGUGCGACAUCCAGAAUACUCUGAUCAACACGCUCUUGAUGCAGCUGGGAACGGCCGCUCAGAAGGAGCGCUACCUCAGCAGGCUGUGCACGGACAUGAUUGGCAGCUUCUGUCUGUCCGAGGCCGAGUCGGGCAGUGACGCCUUUGCGCUGAAGACGCGUGCGGAAAAACACAAGGAUUACUACAUCAUCAACGGAUCCAAGAUGUGGAUCAGCAAUGCGGAGAAUGCCGGUGUCUUCCUGGUCAUGGCCAACGUCGACCCCUCGGCCGGUUACAGAGGCAUCACGUGCUUCAUCGUCGACCGGGAAACGGAAGGCCUCGCCAUCGGCAAGAAGGAAAACAAGCUCGGACUGCGCGCGUCCUCCACCUGCCCGCUCAACUUUGACAACGUCAAGGUGCCCGAGAAGAACAUUUUGGGCCAAGCAGGUCACGGGUACAAGUACGCUAUCGGAAUGCUGAAUGAAGGCAGGAUAGGAAUUGCGGCGCAGAUGCUGGGGCUUGCGCAAGGCUGCUUUGACCACGCAGUUCCUUACACAAGACAAAGAAGGCAGUUUGGAAAACGUAUCUUUGACUUCCAGGGGAUGCAGCACCAAAUCGCCCACGUGGCGACGCAGAUCGAAGCCGCGCGCCUGCUGACGUACAACGCCGCUCGUCUGAAGGAAGCCGGCAGAGCCUUCAUCAAGGAGGCCUGCAUGGCCAAAUACUUUGCUGCAGAGGUGGCAACGCUGACCACGUCCAAAUGCAUCGAAUGGAUGGGAGGGGUGGGCUUCACCAAAGACUACCCCGUUGAGAAAUACUACCGGGACUGUAAAAUUGGUACCAUCUACGAGGGCACGACAAACAUCCAGCUGUCCACGAUGGCCAAAUUCAUCGAUAAGGAGUAUGACGUUUGAUAUCAUACCGAAGUGGAGCCGGACAGAUUGCACUCAAGAGACCGCCGCGUUACACUCCCGAUAUCAAUUCUUGCGUGUGUCCAGUCGCACCGCAACUGACUGUUACUUUGUCACUUGUAAUUUCCCUUUUUUUUUUUUUUUUUUGCAGUGCUGUUUUGUCACUUUGUACGGAUUUUGCAAAUAUGAUCAGCCGGAAAUGUCCGGUAUCUCCCCAGCUA